AUGGAAAUACACGCACUAGAGAGCUUGGUGGACAGUGGAUGGAUGCUUCCGGAAAGCUGGCGCUAUAGGGCGACCAAGCGCGGGAAAGCGCGCGCACGUAUACAUCGUAAAGCGCGGGAAUGUAUUGUUGUUUCUACAGCGGCUUCAGACUGUGAGGAUGGACCUGUCUUACCUGAAAUCAUAGUAGAUGAUGAGGGACCUGUACCUUGGGGCGUGAUAACUGCCAGCCCGUCCAAUUAUUUGGAACCUGGUUCAGUUCCCACAGGAUUUGUGGUCAAAGACCCUUCUCAUAUGAAGACAGAGGAGGUAAAUCGUCUAUGGAUGCAUUGGGAACGAUGUUCUGCUACAAAUCAGAAGCUAGUCGUCUUUAUCAAGGCCAAGGAUGCUGAUAUUCGGGUCACUGGGAAGUCCAAGACGAAAGUAGUGAGCACCCUAGACUUAGAUGAAGAAGAUCAAGGCCAGCCAGCUCCAUUUGCCUCUCAUUUCACAGAACGUACAAUACAGCCGGCCACUCAUGAGACAACACCAGAUGAUGUUGCCAUCAAUGACCGAUACACAUUUUUAGAAACCCUCAGUAAGAAUGAAAACUACUUGGAGCUUGUGGACGCCACUAGGGACCUGGCAAUAUUAGCCAAACAGAAUCCAAUUUCAGAGCGACACCAAGAUUUGCCUACCUGGGCUGACUGGUCUUGGAAUGAAAAUUAUCUUCCCGAGGACAUUCACACCUCAUAUGCGACAUUGAUGGCCAGCUUAAACGAGCUACAGACCUGUCCAAUCUCAGGGCUAUCAUCGGCAAUGCCAGUAGUACUAGGAAUUGGGCUCCUCUAUAGGGAGUCUAAGUGUGUGAUAGAGUAUGAGGAAGACGAGGCUGAUCCCAAUACCUCUUUCUACCUACCUCAUUCUGCUAUUAAUCUACAGUUCUUGGUCGCUCUGGAUGAGGCUGUCUGGGAAGUCUUAUUCUCAGUCGUUGGUCAGAUUGAGAGGCUGAACAAAGAGAGACUCAGUGACGAGGUUGAGGAUGAGGGAGAUGAGGAUGGUGGUAGAGAAGGAAAGGCAUGA